AAAAAUAAUGUUCACAGAGUAACCCUAUUAUGAGGCAAAGGUGUUCCUAAAAUCUUAUAAUGAUGCAAUAGGAUGUUUAAGGUAUGAUAUUUGAAUAGUAAAAUAAUAGAGAGGCAGCUGAACAAAAAGCUCAGGUUGAAUUUUAAGAACAUGUACUUUAAUCUCUUUCAACAGCUCGUACAAGAUAAGAGGUAAAAAUUAUAGAUAAUAAAGCUUGAUGUAAGAGAUGGUUAAGUAGUAGCAGGAUUGAAUUUUGGAUAAUCAAAGUAGACAAAGCUUUUCCAAUUUUCUAAGUAUAUAUUUUUAAUAAUUGAAAAGUUUUGUGUUUGCAAAAUAUUUGAAAGGAUUUGAAGAAUAUACAGGCAAUUUUAAGGGCUUCUAAUAGAUACUUACAGAAGGAUUGAAAAAGAUGAAGUCAGAUGUAAAAUGAGAUAUGAAUAAUGAAUAUAUAUUGAUUAUCUA